AUGGGCUCCUUGUACUGCGACGUCGCCGCCUCGCCGUCCUUCUCCAGCACCGGAAGCAGCAGCGGCAGCAGUGGCAAUGUUGCCGGCGGCGGCGAUGGCAGCGUCAGGAUAUACGUGUGCUUUGCGCUCGGCAGCUCCAACAGCCUCGAGUGCUACGAGCCUGGCGCCAACACGUGGCGCCGCGUGGGCGCGCUCCCGGGCGUCCCUGACGGCCACAUACUGAAGGGGUUCGCCGUGGCGGCGCUGGGCGAAUCCGUGUACAUCAUCGGUGGCCGGCUCUGCCGGAGGGAGCGUGGUGCCGAGGCCGGCGAGUACCACGACACCGACGUCGGCGUGAGGGCAGACGUGCUGCGGUACGACGCGCGCCGGGGCGAGUGGCACCACUGCGCGCCGCUCCUGGUCCCGCGAUUCGACUUCGCGUGCGCGCCGUGCCGGGGCAGGAUCUGCGUGGCCGGCGGGCAGUGCUCGCUGUCCGGCGCCCGGGGCACGGCGGCGGCCGAGGUGUACGACGCGGAGAAGGGGCAGUGGUCGGCGCUCCCGGACAUGAGCACGCUGCGCUACAAGUGCGUCGGCGUGACGUGGCAGGGCAGCUUCCACGUCGUGGGGGGCUUCGCGGAGAGCACGCUGACGGCCAGCGACGCCACCCUCCUGGCGCCGGGAGCCACCGUGCUGCAGUCGUCGGCGCUGGAGCGGAGCUCGGCCGAGGUGUUCCACUGCGCGAGGGGCACGUGGGAGAUCCUCCCUGGGAUGUGGCAGCUCGACGUGCCCCCGAACCAGAUCGUGGCUGUGGCCAACAGGCUGUUCAGCUCCGGCGACUGCCUCAACAGCUGGAAGGGCCACGUCGAGGUCUACGACGGCGAGCUCAACAUCUGGAGCAUCUUGGACCACUCCGCCCUGCCCGACCUGUCGCUGCUCGCCAGCCUCCCGUCUUCAGCCCAGCGGCUCUACCUCACCAUGGCCGUCGUCGGCACGCAGCUCUACUUCCUCGCCGGGUACCAGGUGCCGUCGGGCGAUGACAGCUUCAGAACAGUCUCGCUGGUGCACAGCUUCGACACCAGCGCUGCGCCAGGUCUGGUGCCGGCGUGGAGCAGCUUCCGGCCCGAGAUGAGUCAGGAGGACGCCGAGGACGGCGGCAAGGAGCUCUUCAGCCAGUGCUGCUCGGUGCAGCUCUCCAGCUAA